AUGACUAAGUCACUUAUUAUCACUGCUUUUAUCACUGGAGGAACCACUGAGUGGCGUUAUCCGGGAGAUACUUCGUAUAGGUUUGCUUCCGAUUUGGAUGCCUGGGUGGAAAUAGCAAAGCUAUUGGAGAAGGGCAAAAUCUAUGCCCUGUUCAUUGCAGACCACUUAACCCUAUUUGAUGUCUACAAGGGCCCGAACAACUAUAGGGACGCAGUGAAGACCGGACUGAAUGUUCCAAAGGCUGAUCCAAGCCAUGCAAUUAUCACUGCUGCAAGGGAAACAAAAAACAUAUCUUUUGGAGUCACUUUCAGCACUGUCAGUGAACACCCAUACCUGUUUGCUAGAAGGCUUGCAACUCUUGAUCAUUUCACCAAAGGUAGAGUGGGAUGGAAUGUUGUUACAUCUUAUCUCAACAGUAUCGGCACCCAGCUUCUAAAUGGAGAACCAUUUCCUGAGCAUGACGAACGGUAUAAUAGGGCAACUGAGUACGUCGAUGUCGUGACUGGCCUUCUCUUAUCUACUUGGAGAGAUGACGCUCUGAUUCGCGACACGGAAACCGGUGUGUUCAUUGAUCCAGAUAGAGUUCGCGAGAUCAACCAUAAUGGAAAGUACUUCAAAGUUGCCGGACCAGCUAUCACACAGCCCUCAGUUCAAAGGAUCCCGCUCUUGAUUCAAGCAGGAACAUCAAAAAAGGGCCAGGAGCUGGCUGCCGAGUUUGCAGAGUUUGUGUACGUCUUGGGUGGGACUGAAGAGCUGGCUCCGAAGAUCAAGUACAUCAGAACAAUUGCAAAGGAGAAAUUUGGUCGAGACCCCAAAAACAUCAAGGUGAUUUACUCUGCUAGAGUGAUACUGGGCCGCACUCAUGAGGAAGCUGUUGAAAAAGAGGCAUCUUACAAAAAGUAUGAGGUGCCAGAUCGGAAUGCAGUGAACUUUGGAGGUGUGACUGGUAUUGACUUGAACGAAUAUGAUAGCGAAGAGGAGAUUGACACUAAAAACGUCAAUGGUGUUAAAACCACUGCUGAAGUCUACUUCAAAAAAGCAAAAAGACCAACCAAGAAUGCGCUUCUGAAUAAGGCUCCUGGCGUUGGACCAUUAACUGGCACUCCUGAAGAGGUUGCCGAUAAGCUCGAAAAGUUGGUUGAGGAGCUUGACCUUGAUGGCUUCAAUUUUAACUCUGCUGUUCUUCCUGCAUCUGUUGAAGACUUGGUUGAGCUGCUAAUUCCCGAACUCCAAAGAAGAGGUCUAUUUUGGGAAGACUAUGCUGUUCCUGGAGGCACGUUCCGGGAGAACGUGUAUGGGGUCAAGGGACAAACAUUCCUUCCUCCAGAUCAUCCAUUGUAUGAGACACGGUGGACGCCGGACGUUGACAAGGAGGAAUUUGACAAAAUUUUUGAGCAAAAUCUAGAGAGACGUAAACAAGCUAGAGCAUCUUUGAAUUAA